UCUCUUAAGAGUCAAGUCAACAAGAACACAAGAGCUAGCUAGCUGCGCUCAACGUGUAGCUCGAUCAGCAGCUAUACUAGCUAGCUCUUAUCGACCAAAAGAUCUAGUCGUCGUUGCAUUAUAUUCAUCGAUCGAUCGAUCGAUUGAGCUAACAAUGCAGGGCCUCAGUAUGAAUCCAUCUUCCAAGCAGCUCAGCAGCUUGUCGGUCGUCGUUGCUGCUGUCUUGCUGCUAGGGCUCGCCGGAGUCGCGCACGGCGGCAGGAGGCUCAUCGUCUCCCGCAGCGAGGACGAGCCGUGCAAGAAGAUGACGGUGUACUACCACGACAUCCUGUACAGCGGCAACAACACCGCCAACGCGACGUCGGCGGCGGUGACCAAGCCGGCGGCGGCGCUGAGCACGUCGCACUGGGCGAACGGCACCUUCUUCGGCCUGCUGGUGGUGUUCGACGACCUGGUGACGGAGGAGCAGGCGCUGUCGUCGGAGCCGGUGGCGCGCGCGCAGGGCUUCUACUUCUACGACAAGAAGGAGCAGUACAACGCGUGGAUGGCCUUCUCCCUCGUGUUCAACUCCACGGCGUACACGGGCACCCUCAACCUCAUGGGUGCCGAUCUCAUGUACGAGAAGACGAGGGACAUCUCCGUCGUCGGCGGCACCGGGGACUUCUUCAUGUCGCGCGGCAUCGCCACGCUAAGCCUCGUCGCCUACGAGGGUACCGUCUACUUCCGCCUCAAGAUGGACAUCAAGCUCUACGAGUGCUACGUCAAAGACCACUGACCACGCACACAUACUGCCGCUUCACAAUCACAUGCAUGCACGUCUCGAUCGUAUCUAUAUAUUCUAUAUAGAUGCAACUCACUAAGUGUCAUACUUGUAUUUCUCUCAAUCCUCGUGCUGCCACGUCAUCAAUCCACUAAGUGCCGUGUUGCUAUGUCAUAAACCCACUAAGUGUCAUAAUUUCUAUUUCUCUCAGUCAUGUUUUUCAAUAUGUUGCGGUUCAUCAAAAGUAUAAAUAAAGAAGAAGCCCAACAGCCAAAUUUUUUAUUUAUCAA